UAUGCCUUGGACAUCUCUGGAACACCAGGUAACUACACGUUCAGCGGUCCUAUGGUGACAAUUCUUCACAUCAUAGAGAAGCAUCUUGGUCUGUGUUUCCAAUUGAUGAGAUCGAAACAUCGAGAGUAUGGGCGUCUCCUUCCCAACGGUUCGUGGACAGGCAUCAUGGGUCUGCUGCAGCGACAAGAGAUGGAUUGUUCCGGUACACUCUUCACGCCAACACCGGAAAGAAUUGCUACCUUAGAUUUUAGCGAGGCGAUUUAUCUCGACGAAAUGAAUGUAAUGUAUGCGCGCCCGGGUGUCAGUCCCGACGUGGCGGGAUUCAUCAAGCCCUACACACCGCUGGUGAGUGGCGCAUUGCCUGUUCUGUUUCAACCUGAAGGCACCACUGCCAUUACAUCUAUCUCUAAAGCAGAGCUCUCCGCUCAAACCAUUUGUAAGAACUCUACCUAG